CAGCGCGCAGGGCAGGGCGCGAGCCGGCUCUGAGCCCCGGCGACCGCCCCCAGCCCGCCCGGCACGCCCGGCGCCGGCUUCCGGCCCGUCCCCGCGCGGACUUGGCUAGACGGAGUCGCAGCGCGGCCCGUGCGCAUCGGCCAGGGGCUCUAGGCGAGCGUGGCGCUAACAAGUGGGCAGGAUGCCGUAUGAGAUCAAGAAAGUGUUCGCCAGCCUCCCCCAGGUGGAGAGGGGGGUCUCCAAAAUCCUCGGCGGCGACCCUAAGGGCAACAAUUUUAUUUACACCAAUGGAAAGUGCGUCAUCAUCAGAAACAUCGACAACCCCGCCAUUGCUGACAUCUACACGGAGCACGCGCACCAGGUGGUGGUGGCCAAGUACGCGCCUAGCGGCUUCUACAUCGCUUCCGGAGAUGUGUCCGGGAAGCUGCGAAUCUGGGACACUACGCAGAAGGAACAUCUGCUCAAGUACGAGUACCAGCCCUUUGCCGGGAAGAUCAAAGACAUCGCCUGGACGGAGGACAGCAAGAGGAUCGCCGUGGUCGGGGAGGGCCGGGAGAAGUUUGGUGCCGUCUUCCUGUGGGACAGUGGCUCUUCCGUGGGUGAGAUCACGGGACACAACAAAGUCAUCAACAGCGUGGACAUCAAGCAGACCAGGCCAUAUCGGCUGGCCACGGGCAGUGACGAUAACUGUGCCGCGUUCUUCGAGGGGCCGCCCUUCAAGUUCAAGUUCACCAUUGGGGACCAUGGCCGCUUUGUCAACUGUGUGAGGUUCUCCCCUGAUGGCAACAGGUUUGCCACCGCCAGUGCGGACGGCCAGAUCUACAUCUAUGACGGGAAGACGGGAGAGAAAGUGUGCGCCCUGGGAGGAAGCAAGGCUCAUGAUGGCGGGAUUUACGCGAUUAGCUGGAGUCCUGAUAGUACCCACCUGCUUUCUGCCUCCGGAGACAAGACAUCCAAGAUCUGGGAUGUCAACGCGAAUUCCAUUGUCAACACGUUUACCAUGGGCUCCAACGUCCUAGACCAGCAACUGGGCUGCUUGUGGCAGAAGGACUACCUGCUCAGCAUCUCACUGUCUGGGUACAUCAACUACCUGGACAAGAACAACCCCAGCAAGCCCCUGCGGGUCAUCAAGGGUCACAGUAAGUCAAUCCAGUGUCUGGCGGUGCACAAAAACGGCGGCAAGUCCUACAUCUACUCCGGGAGCCACGAUGGGCACAUAAAUUACUGGGAUUCCGAGACGGGGGAGAAUGACUCCUUCGCUGGAAAAGGCCACACGAACCAAGUAUCCAGGAUGGCCGUGGAUGAAGCUGGUCAGCUGGUCAGCUGCAGCAUGGACGACACCGUGCGAUACACCAACCUCACGCUGCGGGACUACAGCGGACAAGGAGUGGUGAAGCUGGACGUUCAGCCAAAGUGCGUGGCUGUCGGCCCCGGGGGAUACACGGUGGUCGUGUGCAUCGGGCAGAUCAUCUUGCUGAAGGAUCAGAAGAAGUGUUUCAGCAUCAACCCCGACUAUGAGCCCGAGGUGGUGGCAGUGCACCCGGGGGGCGAGACGGUGGCUGUGGGGGGCACGGACGGUAAGGUCCGCCUCUACUCCAUCCUGGGCUCUGCGCUGAAGAGCGAGGACCAGCUCCUGGAGGCCAAGGGCCCCGUCACCGACCUGGCCUACUCGCACGAUGGCGCCUUCCUGGCUGUGUGUGAUGCCAGCAAAGUGGUCAUGGUCUUCAGUGUGGCAGAUGGCUACUCGGAGAAGGAAGUUUUCUAUGGGCAUCAUGCGAAGAUCGUCUGCCUGGCCUGGUCCCCGGACAACGAACACUUCGCCUCCGGCGGCAUGGACAUGAUGGUGUACGUGUGGACCCUGAGCGACCCUGAGACCAGAGUCAAGAUCCAAGAUGCCCACCGGCUGCACCAUGUCAGCAGCCUGGCUUGGCUGGACGAGCACACGCUGGUUACGACCUCCCACGACGCCUCCGUCAAAGAGUGGACAAUCACCUACUGAGGCCCGGCCACAGAGCCACCGAAUCAGGGACUAGAAGCGCGCUGCAGCCCAACACGCUCUUCCUCUCCAUGUUUCUGUAACGCGCCCUGCCCCGCCC